GUUAACAAGAAAUUAAUCAUCGUAGGAACUUAGAGAGACGCUCUCCCUUCUCUUUACUUUGAAAAUUCCACUAUGCCAAUGACUAGUCCUUCCACCAUUUAAGAUCCAAAUCUCACUCCACUAGACCCCCCUGAUCCUAAAUCACAGCAAUUGCCCUCCUUUAAAUCAAAAUUACUUGCUUCGGAACUUGUAUUAGACUUACCAAUGGAGGAUUGCUCGGAUACAAAUGGUACCGAUAGUUCCAAGGAUUCCAUUCACGAAGGAGUCAAAGUAUUAAAAAUGGGGUAAAAAUUAUCGACCUCACCAAAGAAGAUACGACUAGACUAUGCUCUCCGUGAAAAAAUUCCUUGAUUAUCAAAUUGUUGGGUAAGAAGGUUAUCCACCAGUAUCUUCGAGAAAAAUUGAUGUCAUUAUGGAAAGUCCCAAAAGUUUUUCCCUCGAUCGAUCUUGGACUGGUAUUUUACAUUGCUAAGUUUGCUCAACCACACAGUGGUCCCAAGUUCUGCAAAAUAGUCCUUGGUUUAUCAAUGAUCGCUAUCUAUCAAUCAAGAAUUAGGAACCUAACUUUGUGCCACAGAUUAAAUGGGUCACCCACUCAGCCGUUUGGGUAUGCCUUCCUUACUUACCAAUAGAAUUCUAUGACGCCAUACUACUAAAAAAUAUUGGUAACGCCAUCGUUAAGUUAUUGAAAGUUGAUGCUUGUAUAAGUGCAACUCUACGUGGCCAUUAUGCUCGGCUGUGUGUACAAAUUGCAAUGGAUAAACUAGUUCUCAAUACUAUCCAAAUCUGCAGCCACACAUAAGAAAUUUUAUACGAGGGACAGGGCUAUUUAUGUACAAGUUGUGGUCGUUUAGGUCUUGUUCAAAAGGAUUGCUCGUAUCUACAACCUCCCCCUCAAGUGGAUUCAUCUUCUCCAACCCACUGUGGUGUAUUGGAUGCUCCUCUUCCACCAUAACAGGAAUGGCACAUAGUUAAGUUUCCACCAAGAAGGAAAAAUCAUAUACAAGGGAAAUCAACUACACCUGGUUUGGAGACACAAACCAAAAAUUCAACUUACGAGAAAAGUAUCAAGGCCUAGACUUGUGGCUGCCGAGAUUAUUUGUUAUAACGGGAGUGAUAUCGUCUUCUCCCCUUAUGGAGAUUACUGGAGACAAAUGCGCAAAGUUUGUAUACUGGAAUUGCUUAGUGCAAAGAAUGUCAAGUCGUUCAGCUCCAUUAGACGAGAUGAAGUUCUUCGUAUGAUUGAAUCUUUUCAAUUGUCUUCUGGUCAGACAGUUAAUGUAACAAAAAAGAUUUUUCAAUUCGCGAGCUCUAUGACUUGUAGAUCAGCAUUUGGAAAAGUAUUUAAGGAACAAGACGAAUUUAUAUUACUAGUCAAGAAAGUGUCAAAAUUAAUGGAAGGGUUUGAUCUGGCUGAUAUAUUUCCAUCACUGAAAUUUCUUCAUGUGCUAAGUGGAAUGAAGGGUAAAAUUAUGAAAGUCCACCAUGAGUUAGAUGCCAUUCUCGAAAACAUCAUCAAUGAACACAAGAGCAAUGGUGAAUUAGGAGGUGAAGGUUUAGUUGCCGCACUGCUAAGACUAAUGAAAGAAGGAGGCCUUCAAUUUCAAAUCACCAACGACAACAUCAAAGCUAUUAUUUUUGACAUGUUUGCUGCGGGAACAGAAACUUCAUCAGCAACAAUUGAUUGGACCAUGGUGGAAAUGAUAAGGAAUCCAAAUGUACUCUCCAAAGCUCAAGCAGAGGUAAGAAACGCCUUCAGAGGAAAAGAAAGUUUUGAUGAAAAUGAUGUUGAAGAGUUGAAAUACCUAAAAUUGAUCGUCAAAGAAAGUUUCAGACUCCAUCCUCCAUUUCCCCUUUUGCUCCCAAGGGAAUGUAGGGAAGAAGUAGACAUAAACGGCUGCACCAUUCCUUUGAAAACAAAAGUUAUGAUUAAUGUAUGGGCUAUUGGAAGAGAUCCUAAAUAUUGGAAUGACCCAAAAAGUUUUAAGCCUGAAAGAUUUGACCACAACGCUAUGGAUUUUGUUGGUAAUAAUUUUGAAUAUCUUCCCUUUGGUAGUGGAAGGAGAAUUUGCCCUGGGAUAUCAUUUGGCUUAGCUAAUGUGUAUUUUUCACUGGCUCAAUUGUUGUAUCACUUUGAUUGGAAACUUCCUACUGGAAUCAAUCCAAGUGAAUUGGACUUGACUGAGUCGACUGGAGCAACUUGUGCUAGAAAGAGUAAUCUUUACUUGAUAGCAACUCCUUAUCGACCUUGUUAAAAGUGGCAUAGGACUUUGCUUUUGAAUUUAUUUGGUAAUGCCACCACUGUACUUUCUUCUUCGAUAUCUUUUUCAUUUGUGUCUUAUCAUAUUGGAUGAUGGUGUCAUUAAGUUCCAUUUUGUGUACCAUCCCUGAGCUUAAUACAUGUUUUUGUAUAUUGAACAAAUGACAAACAUAAAUAUGAACCUGUAUAUUAUCUUA